UAUGAUAGGAAAUCGUGCUCAUGGACCGUUACAACAAGGAAUAUUUCACACAGUUAUUGAGAUGAGGUUUAAACAACUAAAAUUAAAGUCUUGUCAGAGCUGUUCGUCUUGCCCUAAUUUGGCAGUUUACGAAGGUCCUGAUAAAUAUCCAGAUGCAACUUUAGUAAAGAAUAGACUAAUUACAAAAAUUUGUGGCAACCAAAUACCACCAAUGAUAGUUUCUGCAGGAGAUAAACUAGUUUUGAAGUUUGAUCCAAAAAAUAAUAAGGGAGAAGCUGCCUUUAAUAUUACCUUUACUACUGUAGAGCUAAAGAUGUUUAACUGCCCUAAAAAGCAAGCUAUUGGUGCUCAUGAACAGGGUAUAAGAUCACCUCUUUACGGAGUCGAGGCAUUUGCUCCAAAAUUAAAUUGCAGUCAUAUAAUAAGACCAAAAAAAGGCUACAAGUACGUUCGAAUCGAUGUCCUAUCUUUGCAAAUGGGGAUAGAUAAAGAUAAAAACUUCCCUUUACAUACAAUAUCUAUCUUUGACAAUACCUCAAAAUUAAUAGGCGCCACCUAUCAAGGCAAAGGGAAUGCUAAUUCGAUUUUAAUAACCAUUAAGAAGCUCCUUGUUAAGGAUGCUCUGUUGAUAAUAAUUGAUUCAAAAUCGAAACAUAUACUGAAUCAUACACAAAACACAUUAAAAUUUGAAGGAUCAAGCUUAAUCAUUGAAUUCGCUAGCAAAAAUUUUAAAAAAGAUGAAGAAUUCUUGCUUGAAGUUAAAUUUACAGAAUUUCAAAUGAGUGGAUGGAAGAUAGCGUUGAUAACAGUUGCUGUCGUCGCCUUUGUCUUUGUUGUCGUUGGUGUUGGUCUCUUUGCGAUUAAGCGUAUUAAGAAUAGACAUAAUUACGAAAUAAUUAGGUCAGAAGAGACUGGCGAAACGCAGAAGAUCGACUAA